UUCCUUGUAGGCUGGAGGGUGGAAGGGAACCGAAGGGAAGUCCCGCCUUUGCCGCACCACCGACGCCGCGGACACUACCGUGCACCUGGCCUGGUCCCGGAGGGCUGGGCAGGUGAGUAAGGGCCUCGAUCUGAUUGCGGAGCUGCCAUGAUUGAAGUGGUAGCUGAGCUGAGCCGAGGUCCUGUGUUUCUGGCUGGGGAGGUGCUUGAGUGUAUGGUGACGGUCACCAACCCCCUUCCCCCCACAGCCACUUCAGCAUCCAGUGAGGCUUUGGCAUGGGCCAGUGCCCAGAUCCACUGCCAGUUACAUGCCAGUGAGAGUCGAGUAGCCCUGCCUCCCCCUGACUCCAAUCAGCCAGAUGUGCAGCCUGACAGCCAGACCGUGUUUCUGCCACAUCGAGGUGAAAGAGGUCAGUGUAUUCUUUCUACUCCACCAAAAAUUCUGUUCUGUGACCUGAGGCUGGACCCGGGGGAGUCCAAAUCAUACUCCUACAGUGAAGCACUGCCCAUAGACGGACCACCCUCCUUUCGAGGUCAGUCAGUCAAGUAUGUCUACAAGCUGACCAUUGGCUGCCAGCGCGUCAACUCACCCAUCACUUUGCUCAGGGUCCCUUUGAGGGUUCUUGUGCUUACUGGCCUGCAAGAUGUCUGGUUUCCCCAGGAUGAGGCUGUAGCCCCAUCCAGUCCUUUCUUGGAAGAGGAUGAAGGAGGGAAGAAGGAUUCAUGGCUGACCGAGCUUGCCGGGGAGCGCCUUAUGGCUACCACAUCCUGCCGCAGCCUCCAUCUGUACAAUAUCAGUGAUGGCCAAGGGAAGGUUGGGACAUUUGGCAUCUUCAAAUCUGUAUACAGACUCGGUGAGGACGUGGUGGGGACCUUGAACUUAGGAGAAGGAACCGUAGCUUGUUUACAGUUUUCCGUGAGCUUGCAGACUGAAGAGCGUGUUCAGCCUGAGUACCAGCGGCGCCGGGGGGCAGGAGGUGUCCCCUCUGUGUCCCAUGUAACUCAUGCGCGCCACCAGGAGUCCUGCCUGCACACCACCAGGACCAGCUUCUCCCUCCCGAUCCCGCUCAGCUGUACCCCAGGCUUCUGCACAGCCAUCGUGUCCCUGAAGUGGAGAUUGCAUUUUGAAUUUGUGACCUCGCGAGAGCCCGGUUUGGUGCUCCUUCCCCCCAUGGAACAGUCUGAGCCUGCUACCUGGACAGGUCCUGAGCAAGUGCCUGUGGACACCUUCAGCUGGGACCUCCCCAUCAAGGUGCUGCCUACAAGCCCCACCCUGGCCUCGUACGCUGCCCCAGGCCCCAGCACCAGCACCAUAACCAUCUGAAACUGUCCCCUUGUUUUCCUUGGCAGCAGCUUCUUCAGGAUGCUGAGAAACUCAAUCCCUCGACUGUAGGAGUAGGACCCACUCUUUCCAUCUGGGGGACCAGUGGCACAGAUAAUGAGAGGCAGGCCUUCAGCUGUAGCAUUAAUUUAUUGACUCAGAAAUGAACAGGCAGCUGUUAGUGGUUUCCCUGGAAGUGGCAGCAGAAGUCAGCAGUCA